ACAACCCCCGUGCAGAAGGCCCAGCGCGGCCCCUCCUCGCUGGUCCCAGACCUGGCGGGCUCCUCACACCUACCUGGCCCCCUCCGUUGAGCUUGUUGGUGAGCUUGACUUUGCUGAAGGAGACGGGAGCCUUCAUCCAGUGGGCCCCGAAGUUGGGCGAGUCGGGGUGGAUGUAGACGCAGCUGGGCGCCUGCGGCUCCGGCUUGCCCCCCGGCACCCAUUCCCCGUUCACGUACUUCCAGCGGUGGUUGUCCGCCGCCACGAAGUCCAGCAGGAAGGAGUACAUGGCGUUGGGGUCCAGGCCAGACACGUUCACCUUCAGUACCGGAAACAUCCUCCUGGAAAACACGGGGCGGGCGCAGGAGGACCCCGACACUGACCAGCUUCCGCGGAGAAAGCCCCAGAAGAGGGGCUUGGAGAAAUGCACUCGAGGGAGUUAACCAGAGCGGGAACAAACACAAAGCCCUCCUCCAGGAGAAAAAGGGUUCGACCUCCGGGAACUUGCCAGGUCCCCCAGGCUGCCCAGGCGCUGGAGAGCGCGGCGCGCGCGGGCUCCGGACGCGCACCCACCUGCCGUUCUUGGUCACGAUCAUCUCAUUGGUGAGCUCCUUGAAGCGCAGCCACAGCUCGCUCUCCUCCAGGCCCACGCGCAGUUCGCGCUCUGUGGGGUCGCCCUUCUCGCUGCCCGCCUGCAGCUCAUUCUCCACGGCGCUCAGCAGGUGGUCCACUCGGUACUGCAGGCUCUUUCCCGCGCUCUCGGUGCCAGGGGAACUCAUCCUCCCGUCCGGCUCCCCUCCCCGCCGUCCCCGAAGCCCAGACUCGCUACCUGAGAUCCACCUUCCCCGCUCUUGGCCGCCGCCCUUCCGAGAAAAGGGGCCCCUUGGACCGAGACCUGCGACGGCUCCCGGGUCCCGGGUCCCGGCACAGACCCGGGAGGAGGGCGCGGACCAAGACUUGGGGGGAGGAGACGGGGGCAGAGGGGUGGGGAGAAGUUAUUCCACUUGAACUCCCCAAGGCUCUACUAGUGUAGGUCUCUGGGGACCGAAAUUCAGUGCCCUCCCCAUAAAUAGAGCCGCGGCGGCAGCGCUGGGGGUGCUCGGCGGAUUGGGCUGCGCACGCUUUGAAGUGCCGGGCAGCCUCCCAUUGGCCGAGAGCGGCCAUAUCAGACCCAGCCGGGCGGGUCUGGGAGGCCGGGAGCCAACAGUGGGCUCCCGCACGCCUGUUUCAUGUAAAUCCUGGGCCCCAGCCCUGCGAGCCCCGGCCCAGCCCCUACACCCCCGCCCUUCUCCAAAUGUUUGCACCUCCAUCAAAGCGGCGGGGCAAGCCCCGGAGGAAGGUAAGCUGGACGCCCCGGCCUGCCCCAGCCCGCCCCAGCCCGCCCCAGCCCGCACUUCCGCGAGGGGCUGCCCGGCAGCCUGCGAUGCUCCCUGAUUCCCGCGCGCGGGGUCCUGCUCGCUUUUCCAGCGCGCCCGGAUCCCGCAGCCGCGCCAGGCUGGAACGUUCCCGCGGCCUCACCUGUCCCCGCUCCAGGCGCGCCUCCCUCCCCUCCCAGGGACCAGCGCAUUUGGCCGGGCUUUGGGAUGCGCCGCGCUCGUCUCGCCGCAGUAGUAGUGCUGUUCUCGCGCCUCCGAUGCCUCAACUCUCCAGUCUGGCAGUUUCCGGUGCACCUGUCCCCACACGUCCCUCGCCCACGGAGCCCCAGGCGGCGUUACGAACACCCAGGAUCGUGGAUCAGCCUGCCCCGGCGUCGGGUGUCCCCGCGGCUCUCACCAUCUGGAAAAGGAAGGUCCGCGCGCAGAGAGGGAAAUGGACGGAAAUAAGCAAAAGCAAAACAACCCCUUCUGGGAAGUGUCCUCCUCGCUCUCUUAUAAAAACAGGACUUGAUGCCGAGGUCAGCGCGCGCAUCGAGUGUGCCAGGCGUGUGCGUGGUUUCUGCUGUGUCAUUGCUUUCGCGGAAGGUGGGAGAAGGUCGGGGCUGGCGGGGUGGUCCCGGACUAGCGGGACUCGGGGCGCUUUCCCCGCCCGGCCCAGCGCCAAGCGGUGUCGGCAGCGGUUGUUUUAUUACCUUUCGGUGAGAACUUACGCGAGGAGAGCGAAGGAGAGGUGACAAUGAGCAGGAAAUAGUUCAGUGGGGUCUCUUUAAACAGUAAUAUUCCUCCUAAAACGGGAGCCCAGGAAGGGGGAAGGAGGCAGAAGCUCCCCCUUCCAAGGCCUGGCUUUGCGCUUCUGCACACCUCGCCCAUUCGCUGGACGAGGGCCUGCCUCGGGUAGCAGCCUCUGUUUCCCGGUCUCCUGAGCGGGCACCCCAGCCCCAGCCCCUCUAGAGAAAGCCUGCGCAUCGGGUGGGGCAGCGAGUUCAGAGGAGUCUUGCGCCCUAGCAAGGGGACUUUCCCGCGGACAUGGUACCUGCGCCCCGCGCUAAGUCUCCCCUGCCCCCUGCCCCCUGCUCCUCGCCCCUCGCCCAGCCGGGCUCGCUCCGGGGUCGGGAAUUGCUGGGGAAGCCGAAGGAGGGAUCCCCGCCCGGGACUCGAGGGAUCGACCCGCCUCGCGGUAUGUGGAGGGCUGCCAGGAGCCAGUCCCGGGGAAGGGUGCCUGCCGCCCGUGGGGCACAGGGCUCCUUCUCUCCCUUCUCCAACUUACACCGACGAGUCAGGAAGCCGGGGCGUCUAGUCCCGGUCCGCAUUUCUCAGUGUCUUUUGAUGUCUGGGAUGCAUGGAUAUUCCCAGGGGGCUGACCCGAGGUGGGGAAGUUUCCUUCUAGAAAGAGGCACCAAAAGGACCUCAUUUGCUCCUGACGCCGGACCCUCCUGACACGCCUUCACUGGCUCAUCGGGCCCUGGGCUUUGGGGGAGAGCGUGAGAGAAUGUCUGAAGCAUUGAAGAGUACGACCCAGGAAUUGAACCACCCAAGUCGGAGGAGGACCAGGCCCACUCCCUCCGCCUUUUCAGCGAAGGCUGCAGUGCAUGACAGUUUACAGCCAAAACUUCCUCCAGCCCGGCUAUAAAGAAUUCCCAGUUAAUAACAAUGCGCUUCCUUGGGAGGAAAGAGGGGCUGAGGCACCGCCAGCUGUUUCGCUCCCAGGGUCUAUCACUCCUUGGCAAGCCCAGCCAUUCAGAGAAAAACAAGACAAAGCCUUAUGGCUGGGCCUCAGGAUGCAACUGUCCCACCGAAAACAUGCUUGAAACAUUUUAUAAGAAAACACACACACACACCCGACUCGACUCCCAGAGAGGCAGUUUUCCUGGGCCCAAUCCCUUCUGAAAAAGCAAAGCCAUUUAUCUUUAGAAGCAGGCAACAAUGAAGCUGUAACAGGCUCAAGGAGGGGUGGAGGACAGCCUCGCGUGACUCUUACCCCACACUCUAGUCCCUCUCUUUCUGCAAGAAAAACAAAUGAAUUUCUUUUCUGAUUAUAUAUGUACUCCUUGUAUAAAUAUUAUAUAUGUAUCUGUCUUCAUAUAUAUGUAAAACAGUCACCCACAGUAUCUGUGGGGCAUUGGUUCCAGGACCUACAAAGAUGGUAGAAUCCAGGGAUGCCCUAGUCCCUUGGCAUGGUAUUUGCAUAUAACCUAUGGACUUCCUCCAUGAACUAUAAAUCACUUCUGGAUUACUUAUAAUGCCUAAUACAAUGUAAACACUAUGCAAAUAGUAGUUAUACUGUAUUGUUUUUUAUUUGUAUAAUUUUUAUUCUUUGAUUAUUGGGGAGAGGGAGUUUGGAAUGUUUUCUAUCAAUUCAACCAACCACGGAUAUGGAACCUGUGGCUAUGGAGGGCUGGCUGUAUGUUUAUCUCUCUCUAUGUAUAUAAAUGCUAACCUCAAGCACUAAGCAAUGUUCAUA